CGGCUGGGGUUGCGACGUCGUUGUGUUGUUUACGGAUGGAUUUAAACAGAAAAGACCGGUAAAAAUCAACAGCGCCGCACAGGCCGCUCUGGAGAGUCGGGGAGUGACCACAUUUUACUGUAAACCCAGCUGUUCUGGAUCCUGUUCAAUCGGGUGUGUGUACCAGUGAUGGACUGCGCACCAGACUCUGGAUGCUCAACUACUCCAGGAUCACCACAUGGAGCAAAACAGGAUGGAAGUGAACCAUCCAAAGGCCACAAUACCUACAAUGGAUCACAGAAAAAUGAAAAGCGAGGUGAAAAGAAAAAUGAGGAGCAGCGUGUGACUAAGAAGAGAGGUUGGCCGAAGGGCAAAAAACGUAAAAAGAAUAUACCCAAUGGUCCCAAAGCUCCACUGACAGGCUAUAUGCGAUUCUUGAAUGAACGGCGUGAACAGUUACGGGCACAGCAACCAGAUUUACCUUUUCCAGAAAUCACCAAGACUUUGGGCAGUGAAUGGAGCAAACUUCCACCUGAAGAUAAACAGUGCUACCUUGAUGAAGCUGAACGGGCAAAACAACAGUACAUGAAAGAACUACAGGAGUAUCAACAAACUGAAGCUUACAAAAUGAGCGCGAUAGCUGUCCAGGAAAAGAAGUUGAGGAAAGAAUCCACUCAUUCACUGUCAAAUGGCAUGCAUGCUGAGAAGAACGACAACGAGCAGCAAGGAAGAAUGUCUAUGUUUAAUAUUCCAAUAUUUACAGAAGAGUUUCUUGAUCAUAAUAAAGCUCGAGAAGCAGAGUUGAGAAAGUUACGAAAGACUAAUAUUGAAUAUGAAGAGCAGAACGCAGUCUUGCAGAAGCACAUUGAUAACAUGAGAAGUGCGAAAGAAAAACUGGAGGAGGAGCUGGCUGAAGAACAGAGCCAGAAUGCAACUCUACACAAACAUCUCGAGAAUUUACGGCAGAUGUUAACAACUAGCUUCAGUAAUAUUUCUCUACCAGGUAGUGGAGAAAAUGUGACAUUAGACACAGUUGACUGCUUUAUGUCUAAACUCCACAGUAUUAUAGAUGAGGACCCUCAACAGAAUGAGAAGCUUGUGAGAAAGGUGCAAGAGAUAAUAAGCAGUCUGGGCAACAGUGAUGGUCCUUAAAACAAUAUGAACUUCAUCAGAGAAGAUGCUUCACAGGUGUCCAUGUUGGCUGAAAUCUCAGUUUUCUUUAUCUUCUUAGAACUUAAUCAAGAGAUUGCUGCAACUCCGUGAAGAAGGUGCAGUUAUUCUUUUGUACUAGGGAUUAAUUAUACAGAUCUACAAGCCUACGCAUCGUUCAAGAUCAAAGCAAGUGGAUUUGAAUGGAACAACAGACUAAACACUAAAUGCUUUUAAGAAGAAAGCUGAAGUUAAAUUAAAAGAAACAAGUAGGAUUAUUGGUUGAAGAUUUAGUGACUAGGCUACUGAAAGCAAUUUAUUAUUACAUUUACAACUUUUUUGUCAACUAUGGCAUCAUGCAGGUUGUGACCUCCGAGUUGAUUUUGUAGUUUUUAUUAACUUUUAUAAUUAGUAUGCCUUUGUGCUUGUACAUUCUAUAGGUUUAGAAAUUGCAUUGUAAAGUUAACUGUUACCAUUUUGUUAUGGUUAAGUUACGUUUGUAUUAACAUUUUGUAGCCAAACCUGAAACUCUGUUAGAUAAGGAAAAGAGUAUGCCAGAUUUGAAAGCAGCCAUUAGUUCUGUGAAGGGAGGGAUGUAGGCAGUGCCAUUUCCAACUUGAUGUACUCAUAUUUGUAACCAGUAAAUUAUAAGCUAAUGAUCUUUUACUACUUAGAGCCAGCUUGAGGGAAAAAUCCCGGUAAAGUGAAAUCCAUCACAAAUUAAUUUCUUUUUAAAUUUAGGAUUUAUACCAGUUCGUUUUCUUUCAAAUUAUAACUCUAAACAGAUUAAAUUAUUGUUGAGGAUAAAUUUUUCUUUAGUAAGAUAGAGUUAAUUGUUUUGCAGACCUUCUGGGUGUAUAGUAACAGUUGUUUGCAUGUGUGGGGUUUAUAUAGGAAAAGCUCAUAUUUUGGAUUAUUUUGUAAAGUGAUAUACAUUGAAGUUCGGUGACACCGUAAAGUAUGAUGGUGAACCUUGAAGGGUCUUGCCACUUCAUCAGAACUCUGACAUGUGUUGCUAUCUGGAGAGCAAUCUUUUAAUGUGUUCUGUUAAACUAAGAUAUUAUUGUAUUAAAGCCAAUAGAACAGUUUUGUGAUAGGUUUCCAGACAGUAAGGUCCUGCACAUAAUACUUUUUUACUAUGUACUCAUAUGUAGCACUAGGCAGACUUUUAUUUCAAAUGAUUGUUAUAGGGUGGUGAUAUUUCUUAAAACGUAUUAAAGGCCAUGAUACAGUCUGAGGUGGUUUUCAAUAGAUGGAAAUCAAAAUGCAAGUCUGAUUAGUAAUUCCCUCCCUUCUUCUGACCCACCAGGCCAAACUUUCUCUAAGGUUGCCCCCUUCUGCAACCUUGAUGUUUUACCUUUCCCUAGUUUCUCUCUUAUCACUUCUUAUUUCUCUCCAACUCCAUCUUGUUCACGAGAUCCACCUCAAUGUUUGAAUCCCUCCUAUUAGGUUUCUGCCCCGGCCACAAUGUCAAAAUGGUUAUUAUGGAAGUGAUGCAUGACACCGAGUAACUGACAAAAGUAAACUAUUCCUUCUUGACCUAUCUGCCGCCUUUCAAAUAGUUGACCACACCCUCUUCCUCUAAAGCUUCUCCACCAUCAUCAAGUUGAGUGGGACUACACUGUCCUGGAUUCAGUCUUAUCCAAUUAGUCGUAGCUGGAGAAUCACCUGCAAUAGUUUCUCUUCACAUUUCCAGACCGUUACCUUUCAAAACACAGGGUCACUUUCCCUAUGAUGGCAGCCAUCUCUACUUCCUUGACCCCUCCAAUGUCUGUAAGUUAUCAGACUGCUCAUAAGGCAUCCAGUGCUCAAUGAGCAGAAAUUUUUUCAAAUAUUGGGAAAACCAAAGCCAUUGCUUUCAGUCCCCUUCACAAACACUGUUUCCAAGACACUGACUUCAUCAAUCUCCUCUGCAAUUUCUGAAGCUGAACCAGCCUGUACACAACCUUGGUGUCAUAUUUGACCCUGAGAUGACCUUCUGACCACACAUCAUGCUAUCACUUAGACCACUUACUUCCAUCUCUGUAGCAUUGCCUGAUCCUUGCCCUGACUCAGCUCACCUGUUGUUGAAAUGCUCAUCUUACCUUUGUUACCUCUAGACUUAACUAUUCUAAUACACCUCUGACCUGCCUCCCACAUCCUAUGCUCAGUAAACUUGAGGCCAUCCAAAACUCACUGGUCAUGUCCUAACUUGCACAAAGCCCUUUUUCACCUGACCUACGUUGGCUUUCAUUUAAGCACACCUCAAUUAUAAAAUUUUCAUCCUUGUUUUCAAAUCUCACCAUGGCUUCACCCCACCCUAUCUUUGUAGCCUCCUGCGGUCUAGAAGCUUCCGAGAUAUCUGUGCUCCACCAAUUAUGACCUGUUCAUCACUUUUAAUCACUGCACCAUUGACAGCUAUGCCUUCAGCUGCCAAGGCCCUAAGUGCUGCCAUUCCCCCUAUAAAAGUCUCUGCCACUCUUGCUCUUUUCCGUUCUUUAAUACACUCCUUAAAACUCUUUGGCCAGAUUUUGGUCAUCUUCCCUAAUAUCUUGUGGACUGAUGUCAAAUUUUGUUUGAGAAUGCCCCUGUGAAGUGCUUUGGGAUGGUUUACUAUGUUAAAGGUGCAAUAUAAGUUCAAACUGUUUUGUUGCUUUUUGAAUUUUCAGAUUCUGUUAAGUACUGUCAGGUAGCUAUUGUUAGUAUAAUUUGUACAACAGGAUUCAGGGAUGUUAGCUAAAAUGUUGACCCCCAUGGUAAUUUGUUGAGCACAGCUGAGACAUCUCUAGGAUGGGUACUUUACAAAAUGUGUGACUGAUCAGUGUUCAGUCAACCAAUGCCAUUGUGUAUGUCACGGAAUCCUAGACUGGAGCCUAAAGCGCUUGUUGAGUCAUGCUGAAGUGUGACUCCAUGCUUGAGCAGCCAUCUGAACCUCUCGUAAGUGUUCAUUCUCCACAUAGUAGCCAAAGCAGAGGACAGCCAGGUUAUUUAAAUGUGGGGCAUCCCAUCCGAGCUUAAUUCUGUUUAUUCCUGGCAUUAUAUGCAUGUACACAUUCCAGCAGAUGUCACCGGAUAGAUUUCAAGAACAGAACUCUGGAAUCCCCCCACUCCUAACCCUCCCAGCUCAAGGGCACUGAAGCCAGUUUUAAUUCUCCUGCUUUCUCCGCAGAGAUCAGUGAACUCGGCUAAGAAAAGGGAUCAGAUUUGUUAGCUUGCUGCUAUGGAAAUCAGUAGCGGCCCAUAGGACAGAGAGAAAAAUUGCAGUGUACGUUGACCAUAGGAUUAUGUUAUCGUUCUCCUCGUUGUCCAGAGAGCAGAGGUCUGGGGGCAAGUACUCACCUUCAGCGCCUCACUCCAUGAAUGGCCUUUGGACAUCAAGAAUUACAAAUUGCAUUCUAGGGUAAAUAUCAUCACCUCAAAGGGUGUUCUUAAACGCUAUACUAAAAAUUUUAAUAAAAAUUACUAUUCUUUAUGAAAAACAAGCACUGCAGUCAGGCACUUGUGGAGCAGUUUCACAAAUCCUCUUUCACUGGCUUUUUUUCCAACCAGCAAGUGGCUGGAAGGUGAGCAAUUUAUUGAGUUAUUCAGAAAAUUCUUCAAAUUCAUGAAGCAGGAUGUUAGCUACUCUUGGAGGUGCAGCCUGGAAUAGCCCAAUGGCUUUAUUAUUUGGGCUUAGAAGGACACCUGUGGAGAAGCAAAAGGCAUCACUUAUGUUAUUGGGGAAUAUUAAACCUGAGUAAAUUUGAUCAAGACCUCUUGUAUGAAGAAAGUAUACAGGAUCAAUCCAGAGCAUUCUAUUAUUCUUCAUCAUGUAUUCUAGUGGAAUGUAUGAGCAAAGGUGCUAAUAGUUACUUGCUGUUGAGCAAUUUGUUGCUUUGUGUGUUUUAAUAUCAUGGAGGAUGCUUACAACUUGGGUUUAUUUAUUUUACUGUUGCAAGGUUUUGUUAUUUGGGUUAUUUGUUACUGCCAUGAGAUGUUUAAAGCAAAUUCGGAGCGAUUACGGCAGCAUGAGAGACCGCUCAGCCCAUUGCACCUCUUAGUGCUUGCUAUGUAACUCUAAUUCAUUUUUCUGUACCCUUUUGUUUUCUGCCAUUUUAAAUCCUGAUCCAAUUCCCUUUUCAGUGAUGUUGUCUGCCUCUGCGGUCACCUUUUUAUAAAGCAUUCAUUUUUCAUGAGUUUUAUUUGUGAUUCCACAUGCAGCAAAAAUAAACUUUUACUGUUAGUCAUCUCAAAAUCUCCCAUAGCUUUGAAAAUCUGUAGUGGCUUUCUUCAUUGCCCGUGUUUGUGGGGGGGAGGGUGUGGGCCGGGAAGCCGCAGUUUUUCAAUCAUUGCUAAAAUUCCUGAUGUAAUCUGUGAAUUUUUCCCCACCAUAUCCUUUCUAUAAUGAGGUGCGCACAGCUUAUUGCUGUAUUACAACUGGUAACCUAAUUAAUGUCAAUAACGCUUACAAGCUUUUACAGUAAAUUCCCCAUGAAUCACUUAGAACCAAGAAGCUCAUUUUCCUAUUUAAUGCUUUUAUAUCUACUAAGCAUCUGUCCAUCAGUACUCCUGAACCGCCCUGUGUAGUGUCAUGCGGAAAAUUUUCCUCUUUAAUGCUUGCGUGUAAAGCAUCAGCUGGGUGAAGUACAUUUUUUUUAACAAGGGUGGGUAGGGUAGUGUCCCAUAAUGGACCCUAUGUGAUUUCCUUCCCCAUUAUAAAUUGAAAAUUAGAUGGGCUGUACUGCAGGAUUUCAAUACACCCCACCUGAGUUUCUUCUCUCUGCUAUGCCCAGGUAAUGCUUCAUGCCCAAUUGCUGAAAAGAAACACAUACUCUCUACUGCUUAGGGUGAAUUCCUUUUUUUGCUCUUAUGUCCCAAAAUAUGCAACCUAAUUUUUCUAUGUGGAACUACAGAUGCUGCCCAAUCUGCCAUCUAUCUCUUUCUGCAGAGUCUUGGCUUUCUUCUUGACAGUUUGCCUUGCCCCUAGUUUGAUAUUGUUGGCAAACUUCAACAUCAUUCUGUGCAUAUUUCCAGAUAAGUUAGAUGCAUGCAGCUUUGGACUUUGGGUUAAAAGAGCGAUAGUUCAAGCAUAGUGGUGAAAGCUUUUUGAUAUAGCUAGAUUACAUAAUGGAAGCAUAGAGAUGCUGCAAGGUGACUGGUUAAUGUUACAUUAUUUUUUAACAGGUGUAAACACUGCUGUAAAUGCUGUAGUAUGUACUUGACAUGUGAAAGACUUGGCUGCAUAGCAAGUUAUGUUUGAUUGUGACAGCAGUAUAAUCUUUGGGAUCAGUUGUAUGAUUUCAAAGAUUUCUUAUGUGUUUGUAUUUGGUAAGAACACCAUUCAGUCUUGUGAUUGAUAUACUUUUCAAGGAAUGUAGUGCGUUUGAUUAAUUCCAGUUAAGUGAAUUUCUUUUACUUCAUCAAGUUUACUGGUGUUUUUAUUAACAAGCUGUUUUAUCAGCUAUAUUUGUCAAUUAAUUUUCUAAUGUAGUUCAGUAUGAUGGUAAAAAUGUAGCAGUUGGUUAUACAACAUGCAAUAAACAUCUAAUACU